CAUAUGUUUUAUUUACUACACCAAGGUACAAAAUCUUUUAACUAUUUGGCUCAGAAAAGUUAAUAGACAGUAUUCUGAAGCUCAAGAUCGGCUGUGUGCUGUUCCGUACGACGCCAUAAAGCGCGAUCGAAUGUUUAGAAUGUGGCGUGCGCGAGGGUAUAUGAACCAUGGAAACAUGGAAACAUUUUGUGGGUUUGUAGUAAUGGCUGAAGACGAAAGUGAUUGGCGUUUAUCAGAUUUAUGGGACAGCGAGGUUCUCGAGUUAGUGAUGGCAACGUGUACGAUCACCAUCGAAGUACACCACCAACACCCGGCAACGACACGGCGGAGCAACAUCCUCAUCCGUGCGAUGAGACGCCUGUCGAUGCCGGUGAGGGAGACAGCCAGAGGAGGGAGGAGGAGAGGAAGAAGGCGUGGGCAGAGGAGGAGGAGAAUAGAAAAAAAAGGUUCUGGAGGCUGACCUUUUUCCUCAGAGCUGCCAGAAAACACCUUAAGAUGAUUCGCCUGGGUCAGACUGAGGUGCAGGUCAUUAAGAUACCACCGCCAGACAGCAACACUGAUGAUGACAUUCUGUGCCGCUACGAGCUUGGUGAUCGUCUGGGGGUAGGUGGGUUUGGCGUCGUUCAUGAAGCAAUUCGUGUGGAGGAUGGCCUUAAAGUGGCUGUGAAAGAUGCCAUGAAGACGCAAGACAUGGAAUACCUAACCAUUCCUGAUCAUCCAAACCCCCUACCGCUGGAGAUAGCUCUCACAAUCCUGGCCAACAAGGGACCAAAUGCGCCAGGGAUUAUAAAACUGCUGGACUGGCAGGACCAUUGGGACAACUACGUCAUGGUUCUCGAGUGUCCAUCACCCUGCGAGAACUUAGUAAGUUUCUUGGAGGGCCACGGUGGCAGGCUUGAUGAGGGUUUAGUGCAGCACAUCAUGCGGCAAGCAACGCAGGCAGCUCGCAUAUGUUGUCGCCGUGGUGUAUACCAUGGCGAUAUAAAGUUGGAAAAUUUCAUCGUGAGCAAGGACACCCUGCAAGUCAAGUUGAUUGAUUUUGGGUGCGGGAAUCUCAUGAGGAAAUCUGCUUACACAACAUUGUAUGGCACCAUGGAGUACUACCCUCCUGAGUACAAGAUCAAGGGCAAGUACCAUGGGAAAUCGGCAGUGGUGUGGUCUCUGGGGGUGAUCUUGUUCACGAUGCUGUGCGGCCGUUUUCCAACUAGCGAUGACUUGCACAAGACCAAACUACACCUCUGGUCAGAGCCUGGAUUGUCAAAAGAAUGCUGCCAUUUGAUCUGUAGCCUCCUGCAGCACAAGCCUAAGCAGCGGCUUGGUCUGAAAAAGAUCCUUCACCACGACUGGUUUCAGGUCCCCAUAUAAGUCAUGGAGAAGAGGAACUCCUACUCCAGACAUUUCUACAGUCUUCUGUCUGCUUUGCGUCUUGCGGGCUGACAGAAAGACCUUCCAUCCCUCCGUAAUGCCUCAGCGUCUUGCGGGGCAGGCAGGCCAUGGUUGCGUCUUACACCAUGGCUUGAAGCAGCAGUAUUUGCGUCUGGUGGUACUGCUUGCUUGGGGAUGUGUAUAUUUGUACAUACAUAGUUGUUUUUUGUUUGUUUUUUUUUGUUUUUUUACCUGCACUGUCCCAUCACUGUCUACACAACCCUGUCAUGACUGCAUUGCUCCAAGAGGUCCCUGUCUUAUCUGCACUGCUCACCAGAGGUUCCUGCCACAGCCAGCUCAGAGGCCUGUAAUGGCCAUCCUCAUCUUAUAACUCUCUUUAUUAUGUCUGUCCGGUUCCAGAGCUCUCAGUCUCCACCUGUCUAAUCUGCUAAGCUGCCAGUGCUCCCAGUCUCAGCUGCCUUGGUACCAAAGCUUCCAGGUUGUUCCUGUAGUGGCUACCUGUUUUGGAGCUCCUUGUUUGCACAGUCUCAAAGGUUUGUCCUGAUGUAAGCUGGGUCCCAGAGGUUCCAGUAAUGGUCACUUAGAGAGGUUCAUGCCACGGCUAUUUAAAAGUGCCUGUCUGCUCAGUCUCAGAUGUUCUUCUCAAAGCUCUUCCAGAUGCGAUGUGUGGGUCACAAAGUCUCCUGUCAUGCCUGUCCCAGUGCUCUCUGUCUUGGUUUCUUCAGUUCCAGUUCUCUCCAUCUUGACUGCCCCGCCAAAAGAGCUCCCCCAAAGUUCCUGCCAUGGACAUCCCAAAGGUUCCUGCAAUGGCUGCUCUGGUCUGAGUUCCAUGUCAUGUCCACUCUGCAUCUAAAUUUCCUGUCACGUCCACUACAGAGAAUCCUAAAAGUCUCUGUCUGGACCCCCUGUUACAAGAGCUCCCCAAAAGGUCCCAUGAAUGCUGCCCUGGAGUUUGAGCUUCCAGGGAUGUGUGCCCAGGUCCCAGAGGCUCCUGUAAUGCUCUCUAUUUUGAAUGCCCUGCUACAAGAUCUCCUCCAAAAUGUCUGCCAUGGACACCUCAAUGGUUCCCGUAAUGGCUGCUUCCGGAGUCCGAGCUCCCAGUGAUGUGUGGGACACAAAGUCUCCUGUCAUGCCUGUCCCAGUGCUCUCUGUCUUGGUUGCUUCAGUUCUAGUGCUCUCCAUCUUGCUGCCCCGCCACAGGAGCUCCCCAAAGUUCCUGCUGUUGACAUCCCAAAGGUUCCUGCAAUAGCUGCUCUGGUCUCAGAGCUCAAUGUCAUGUCUGCCCUGCACCAAAAUUUCCUGUCAUGGCUACUACAGAGGUUCCUGUUACUGCCAUGUACAAGAUUCCUGUCAUGGAUGCACUAAAAGUCUCUGUCUGGGCCACCUGCUACAAGAUCUCCUCCAAAAUUUCUGCCACAGACAUCUUAAUGGUUCUCAAAAUGGCUGCCCCAGAGUCCAAGGUCCCAGCGAUGUGUGCCCGGGUCCCGGAGCCUUUCGGAUUCUUAUCAUGAAAGGGGUGCAAAUAAAAAAAAAAUCAAAAUGAAUGUUUUAUGUUAUAGUUUUUUAGAGUUGCUUACACACUAAAAGUGGUACUUGAGGCCCACUCAGUGAAACCAUUCACUCAUGUACCUAAUCUUGAUACCAAGCCUGCAAAACUGCAAGCACAUUAUCUGCUUUACAAUCAGUUUGCAACUGUAAAACAAACUUUUUUCCAAAUUGCUAAACACAGUUCUCUACAUAUACAAAUAGCACACUCAUUUACCAAUUACCCACACCCAUCGAUCAUGUGUGAAAACAAUUACACAUAAUCAAAACUCAUUGUUUUGAGAAAUAAAUUAUUUAUUUUUACCCCUUUGCAUUUCUUUUUAUAGUGUAAUUUGAUUUGAUCACUUAGGAAUCAAAAUUCAAUGUUUUAAGAAACAAAUACAUUUUUUACCCUUGCAUUUUUGUUUAUUUUGUAAAUAUAUACUGAAUAUGCAUACAAGUCAAGUCACCUCUAUUUCUGUAGCGCUUUAAACAAUACAGAUUAUUUCAAAGCGGCUUCACAAUACUAACAAUUUCAAAUUCUCCUGAAAAGCAGCUCUAACAAGCCAAUAGUGUCAUUAUUCAGUCAGUUCAGUUCAAUAACUGUAAAAUUUAUCAAUUGUGCAAAGAUUGUGAAUACAUACAUACAGUGUUUUUGUGCACAUACUGCACACUGAACAAGCUAAAGACACAAUAUAGUAGUGUUUUACAUUUUUCACAUCCGUGUGUAGUUUGAUGUGUAUAUGGCUAAUUAUUUGAUGGUUUGUGUGUAGAGUUACUAUGCAAAAACACCAUUUUUAGAAGAGUUAAAAUAGUUUUGAAUGAUGCUUUUGCUAGAGAUGUGUGACGUUUUGCAUGUUGUGUGCGUGUUUUGUGGUUUUGUGUGUAGGGUUUUGAGAAAUGGAGCCAUAGUUUCAGAAAUUGUGUGUAAGCAAUUAUUUUUUUAAAAUUUGUUAUUUAAAAACAUUGCCUCCUUUUUUGCAUUAUUUGUUUUUAUCUGGUGUUAUUUUGGACAGAAUUUACUCUUCUUCUUUUUUUUAGGUCACUGCAUAAGACCAGUGCUGCCCCGGGUCCAGAGUUCCCCGUCAUGAAAGUGGUGCAAAUUAAAACAAUACUAAUUAAAUAAUUAGUGCAUUUUAAUGGUAUUUAUUUUUUGUAAGUUGGUAAGUGCCUUUGUGUUUGUGAGUUGUAGAGUCGUGUUUUCAUCUGGUUUAUGAAGGUUUAGAAGGUCUCAGUGGAUUAGAAGCAGAUUGUGUUAAUUCUAGUAAGGCAACUUUGUACCUCAGCGCUGCUUCUUUACUGACCCUGAAGGACGGGAGGGAACACAACAUCAGGUAACACAAAGUUGAAUUCAUUUAAAUGAAUCCAUUGCAUAAAACAUUUAAUAUAUAUGGUAAGAUGACAAUGUAAAAUAGUUUAGUAGUUUUUUAUUUGCCUAAAUUAUAUGCCAGAAUCAAUAGCACAUUUAAAAUUGAAAAUGUAUCAAACUUUAUGUACAUGAAGUGAAUAUGGACAUUUUAACAAACGUUUGGGUUAUUUUUAUUUUUUGUUUAUUUGCUUAUUUAUCAAUUAUUUAUUCAGUUCAGUUAAGACCUCAAUUAACAUCUGCUAAACACUUUUUCUGGUGUCAAAAAAGAAGACAAACUAUUACAUUUUUAAACUUGGGAAAGAUAAAAAAUUUUACAAGCUGACAAAGGGCGUUUGCUGGUCAUUUUUGUGUCAGUCUUCUGUCGUUUUAUCAUCAACUCAUUUGCUUAUGAGGAUCUGUAUUGUGACAACAUCUGUUCUGAAUACAGUUGAAAUGUUCAUGUUCUCCAAAUGGACAGAAGGUGGCGAUAUUCGCCUUCAUUGGGUCUAAAGACCUUUAUUACUUUAAUCACAUUGUGAAUGACAUGCACAUGAUGUAAAGCUUAAAAUAUAGUCAUCAUUUCUUUCAGAUAUUUUGUUUUCACGCUUCCUCUCACUUUUUCAUCCUAAUAAAUUUAUUAUAUGUUUGUUUAAUCUUGAACUAUAGUUUACAAAGGACUUAAUUAUAUAUAAAAAGAUAAAAGACCUUAAUAAUAUGUAAAAUCAUUAUUUUUUACUUUAAUUAUAUUCAACAGACUAUUAUUAAAUUAUAACAGUUAGUGAAACAAAUAUUCCCUGAGUAAACCUACAGUUUUCCACAUUAUUUUUUUUAUUUGCAUUAACUUCUCGUCCGAUGAAUGUCCUGUGCAUUUUCAAAAAUGUAAAACAGUCAGAAAAGAAGCAAAGUGCAUAAAUCAAUGACCAUAGGCUAUAAUAAUCGAUAGUUUAAUCUAGCCGAAUAAUUGAACACUUUUCCAAAACAACACAUUCGUGUUCAUUUUGAUUCUUGUGUCGACUGGUAUCCAUUUGUAAAUUCAAGCGAAACUUCAGUGAGUUCGGGUGAUAGAAGAUGGACUGUACAUUUGCAUAGUGUGGGGGUGGAGCGUUUCGUCCAAUUAGACUAAUUUCAUGUUAAGUGAUCAUAAUACAUAAUUAACUUCUGUCUAAACUAGGCUAAACAUAUCAUUUUAUUGGUUUGCACCAUGAUUUCCUUCCAAAACCUUUAAAUAUUUAUUUCAUUCACAAUUAGAUUUAUAGAGGAGUAUGGGGUUAGUUGUUAUCAAUGAGGUUUUAAGUCAAAAGUCCAGUUGCACAAAUGUUUUUUUCCCUCUAGCAGCUGUUUUGUAUGUGGGUUUCAAUUUAAUUCAGUUGAUUUAAAUUAGAAUAAUGCUGUGAUCCGAACUAAAAUAAUCACUUUUUUUGGCUAUAUGUUGAAUAAACCAGUGAACACAAUACAACCACACUAACAUAUAUAGCCUGAAUUCAGGUUGAUUGGGACACUUUUUCCAAGUCACCUCAAUGGCAAAAAAAAAAAAAAAAAAAAAGUGUCCCAAUCACCCUGAAUUCACCCUACAAUCAGUCAGUCGUUUUUCCCCCUUAAACGUCAGGUCCUGGUAAAUUGUCACACGUGUUUUAAAAUACAUGCAAUUUAUACAAUAUUUUUGGACCAAAAUAAUGACAUUUUUUAGGCUACAUUUACUCGUUUCUUAAUUCUUUUACUGUUUACAACCUGUUACACUAUUUCAAUGGCAGGUUUCUGUGUAAACAAACAUAGUGACAACAUGCCCCACUAUCCUUUUUCUAAACUGCGCAUUACAAGGAAAUGUGUUUUAUUUAGCCUGGUUAGUUAAUCAAUACUUUAAGGUUUGUAAAAACUGACCUACACUUAGACUAUUCUAUGGAUUUAAAAGGUGUGACAACCAGCAUCUCCUCUAGCCUAUAUUCUAAUUUAAUUUUAUUUACUUUAUUUUAUUUUAUAUAUAUUUAUAAGCAUAUGUUCUUUAGAUAAAUAUUUUUUCAACUUUUUGUAUUUAAACAAACUUUGUGUUCAGCUGCCUCCCUAAAGCUUAUCACAUGAAUGAUCUCGAUGAAUAUUGGAUGAAGUUAAUUGAGUUGAAGUGUGACAGUGGGAGGGGUUGCCAACCAGCAGUUCAUUCACUGCAUGCGCCCCGGACAGGUUAAAUAACCCUCCCCUUAUGCGUACUCGGGCACUCUAGGGUAAACCCUCAGACACGAGCGCAUUCAGCAGGACUGAUCGGUGAA